AAAAUGCUACUUUCAAAAACAUUUUAGAGUAACGAUUUUGUUUUUUUGCCACGGCUUUCAUAAAUGUGAUUUCGUAAUAUAAUGUUGCAGGCAAUUAAAACUUUUGUCAAUGUUUGUAAAAAAAAAUAAUUUUUUUUGAAUUUGUUUUGAUUUUUUUUGGAUUUUACUGUUCGCCCCAAGUUCAUGGAAGCACACUUUCCCCUUUGUUCCCUUUUUGUCCUUGCAACAGAAAUCCUCGUUUCCCUUUUUGUCCUUGCAACAGAAAUCCUCGUCUAGAGCCUGCAGUGCGCCAUAGCCAUACCUGUAUGUGAGCGAGAGCCGGCAGAGUUUGCCUUGACGUGUCGCGGUGUCGGUGCUCCGGUGAGCGGUGGACAGACAAGAAAAACUACAACAACCCGCCGAGCUCGUCCCUCUCCAGUGCGCCGCUCAAGCUGCACCGGAGCACGUCUUCGGCGCCGCGCCACCAUGGGCUUCAGCUUCCUCCCGGUGAUGGAGUACCUCUCGCGCCGCGCCUUCCACGCCGCCGGCCUCUGCCCCCACACCGUCACCCUCCCCUGCGACCCCGGCGAAGGCAGCGGGGCUCGAACUCUAACAAUCCACUACUGGGCGUCGCCGGGGGAGCAGCCGCGCUUGCCGCCGCUCCUCCUCAUCCACGGCUUCGGCCCCAUGGCGACCUGGCAGUGGCGCCGCCAGGUGGGCCCCUUCUCCCGCCGCUUCCACGUCGUCGUCCCGGACCUGCUCUGCUUCGGCGGCUCCUCCCCCUGCCCCUCCUCCCCGCCCUCCUCCGAGUCGGCGCAGGCCGCCGCGCUCGCCGCGCUGCUCGACGCGCUCCCGGGCCUCCCGGCGACGGCGCGCGUCGCCGUGGCCGGCACGAGCUACGGCGGGUUCGUGGCAUACUCCCUGGCGCGCGCGGCCGGGCCCGGGAGGGUCGGCCCCGUGGUGAUUUCCAACUCCGACCUCCUCAAGACGGUGGAGGACGACAGGGCGUUCCUCCGGCGCGCCGGCGGCGAGUGGGAGAGCGCGGCCGACUUGCUCAUGCCGCUGGACGCGCGCACGGCGCGGCGGCUCAUGGAGCUCUCGUUCUACCGGAGGCAGGUCACCGCCAUGCUGCCGGACUUCGUGAUCGGAGAGACCGUGCAGAAACUUUUCAGUGAUAAGAGGGAGGAGAAGAUCGAGCUUAUGAAGGCCAUAACUGUCGGGACUGAUGAGUUCCAACUUACACCCUUGGAGCAGGAUGUUUUGCUCAUCUGGGGCGACCAUGACCAGAUAUUCCCUUUGGAGAAGGCAUUUGCUGUCAAGAGGUGCUUAGGAGACAAUGUGAGGUUGGAAAUCUUCAAGGAAACCGGUCAUGUGCCUCAGAUGGAGGACCCGAAUCGGUUCAACGAGGUCGUCUUGGACUUCUUGCUUGCCUCUUACAAACCCCCAAACCAGGAUGAUCAAUAGUUCAUAGGGUUCAGCUCUGUCCUGAAUCCAGAGCACCAGAGGCAUUCCUGAACUUGCAUAUCCCCCAUACAAAGUUUGCAGGAAUUUUGUCAUACAUAUGACAAUGCUCGAAGUUGUUCUGUAAUGUUGCUCGUUCAUCGUACAUUAUACUCCCUCCGUCCCAAAAUAAGUGUCAGCUCACUUAGUAUAAAAUUUGUACCGGUUUAGUUAUAAAUUUGUGACACUUAUUUUGGGACGGAGGGAGUAUGUUGUAAAUUACAUGUUCAUAGGGUUGUAUUCGAUCCAUUCAGGAUGCAGUACCAAGUACAGAAGCAGAGAAGAAGCAUCUAGUAAUUCUGAACUUGCCAUGUAACUUUUGUGGAUGCUUUUAGAAGGCCUUCUAUUGAGCAUAUAUCCAUGCUAGCUGUACAUAUAUAUUCAACAGGACUUUGCUCCUUCGAAUGAAUUGUUAACUUCCAUCCCCA